AUGGGAGACUGGUCCAUUCUUGGCCGCUUCCUAACCGAGGUUCAAAACCAUUCCACGGUCAUCGGGAAGAUAUGGCUGACAAUGCUGCUCAUCUUCCGCAUCUUGCUUGUGGCCCUGGUAGGGGAUGCAGUCUACAGUGAUGAGCAGUCCAAGUUUACUUGCAACACCUUACAGCCUGGAUGCAAUAAUGUCUGCUAUGACACUUUUGCACCUGUCUCACACUUACGCUUUUGGGUCUUUCAGAUUGUUCUUGUCUCCACACCUUCUAUUUUCUACGUUGUCUAUGUCUUGCAAAAAAUCACCAAGAAUGAAAAAAUAGAUGUUAAGGAAGUUGAAGUUGUACCCAAGUCCUCACCUGUGCUUGAGAGGGACAAAUAUAUAGAAGGAGAUAAGGAGGCAACACUGGAAGUUGGCGGUACUUAUAACACCGCCUAUAACACUGAGGACUGGAGCUCCCAGGAAGAUGAGUGUGAGGAGAAGAGUCAGCUCGAAGAAGAAAUGAAAGAAGUAGGAAAAGACCCUACCCAGCUUUCCAGCCAGGUACUACUCAUCUACAUCAUACAUGUUAUGUUGCGCUCCAUCAUGGAGAUAAUCUUCCUCAUUGGACAGUAUUACCUGUUUGGAUUUGAAGUGCCACACCUUUUCCGCUGUGAAACCUACCCCUGUCCAAACCGAACUGACUGCUUUGUGUCUCGAGCUACAGAAAAGACCAUCUUUCUCAACUUCAUGUUCAGUGUCAGUCUAGGUUGCUUCAUCUUGAACAUUGUGGAGCUGCAUUAUCUGGGCUGGAUUUAUAUUUUCAGAGUACUGCUCUCUGCAUGCUGCACAUGCUGUGAUGCAGAUAGGAACCCAGUGCGGGAGGUGGAAUUAUAUUCUGACAACAACCCACUGCUGCUUGAGCUCAAACACUCUUUACGUGGCAGGGUUGUCCUGCAGACCACCUCUAGCAUGUCCCGGGACAAGAGCUGUGGUGUCCCAACCCAGGCCCCGACCAUCUCCUUUGAGACAGACUCUACCCUGGAGUGCACUUCGAAGAGAAACACAGAUGAAAAGGACCGCACCAAGACCAGACCGUACAAUAUGAAAAUAGGAAGAGGCAAAAAGUCAUGGCUAUAA